AGGAUAUCCCUAGGACGUGUUACCGGCUGUUAACGUGGCAGUAAAACCAGCCUCGACACUGCAACGUCGAUAGAAUUUAUUUAGUUUCGAGUAAUCGGUUGUUAAAAAUUAGGUAGAAAUAAAUUAGCGAUUGAGAUGAAGUUACUGUGUUUAUUAGUCUUUGCAUGUGUGUUUUACGAUGCAAGUGCGUAUUUUAUUACCGUCGAUGCACAUGCGGAGGAGUGCUUCUUUGACAAGGUUGAGCAGGGAACGAAAAUGGGACUGACUUUCGAGAUUGCUGAGGGUGGAUUCCUCGAUAUCGAUGUGAAGAUCGAGGGCCCAGAUAAAAAGGUUAUUUACCAGGGUGAACAGGAGGGCAAUGGAAAGUACACGUUUGCAGCCUACAUGCCUGGUGAUUACACUUACUGCUUCAGUAAUCAGAAGAGUACGAUGACACCCAAGGUUGUUAUGUUCAACAUGGAUGUGAGUGACCCUCCCAAGGUGGGGGAGGAGCACAAGCCCGAGGGCGAGGAUGACGAGGGCAAUCAUCUCAAGCUGGACGACAUGAUCAAGGAUUUGAGCGUUAGUCUGUCUGGGGUCAAGAAUGAACAGGAGUACAUGCAGGUACGAGACCGCAACCACAGGGCAAUCAACGAGAGUACUAAUUUCCGCGUUGUGUUGUGGUCAAUUUUCGAAGCAGCAGUAUUGAUUUCAAUGACCACUGGUCAAAUUUUCUAUCUGAAGAGAUUUUUCGAAGUGAGGAGAGUUGUGUGAACUUUUGGGUGAUGGGGUGUGGGAUAUUGUGGGAGUUUCAAUUUUGGUUAAUAAACUCUUUUUUAAGUCAGA